CGCAGCUGCAAUUUCACGUGGUCCCCUGUUAGCUUGGUCAACAGCCUCCAAACGCAUUCGAGCCGAAAGCUGCGUGCUUUGCUUGAUCGAUUCUCCACCACAUCAACGACACCUCUAACAAGCUACCGCGCACACUUUUGAACCAUGUCGUACGACCGUCGACCUCCUUACCCGCCUGCCAGAGGCGGCAGAGGCGAUCCGUACGACAGACCGCCCGCUCCCAGAACGGUACUCUUCGUUGCCAAUUUCCCACCAGACAUGCCGGCAAGAGAGUUGGCGUACGAGUUUGAGAGGAUAGGUCCACUGGUGCGAUGCGACAUUCCUGCACCAAAGGGAUCAGGAGCCAGAACCGCAUUCGCCUUUGUGGAGUACCAAGAUGCUAGAGACGCCUACGCUGCGCACGAGGAGCUCCAUGGCAUUCAAUUUGGACGCUACGCUUUGUCGAUCCAAUUUGCUAAGAAUGCACCCUCGGCGCAAUGGCGUUUCGACGAGCCUGGGGCACCGCCGCGGCCUGGACCUUCGCGUCGUGGACCACCACCCCCCGAAAACCCGUACGACAGUCGUCGAGACUUUCCGGACCGCCGUAGAGACGACAGACCACCGCGAAGGGAGGAGCCCUACGCUCGAGGCUACAAGGAUGAAGAGCAUCCUCGUCGCAGGGACUACGCUAACGGGUCUGACAGACCACCUCGGCUUGAUCGCGAGGCGGACAGAAAUGGCCGCGAUCCUAGGGGAAGAUACGAAGAGGAGGACCGUCGACGCGAGAGAAGCCCGGCAAGGGAGGACAGGCGACGAAACACUCGCAGCCCUGCUCGCGAGCGCCGUGAGGAAUAUCCCGAGCCAUCAGUGAGUUCUUUGCGAGUGCUUACAGGUCUUCAAGACUAGGCUGAGGGACGAAAUGCCCUCCAUCUUGGACAGACGUCUUCCCGGUCAGCGCCAAAGGAGGAUGAUGCUGCCCUAUACGAUGAUUGAUGAGGGUACGGCUCACAAGAAGAGUACCUAGUGCGUGGAUCAUCCAC